AUGUUUAAAAUAUUUAACUCUAAACCAAAGAAGCGCCAGCCGUCUGGUCCGACGGCCGCAGAUGCCAUACAAAGGCUUACAUAUUUGGAGAAAAAGAUUGAAACAGAAGUGGAAAUAAUUCGAAAGAAUGGGACGAGAAAUAAAAAGGUGUCAUUACAAGCGUUAAAGCGGAAGAAGCGAUUGGAAAGUCAAUUGCAACAAAUCGAUGGCACUCUAACCACUCUCGAGUCGCAGCGUAUAUCUCUGGAGAACGCAAACACUAACGUUCAGGUCCUUCAGUCCAUGAAAUACGGCGCCGACGCUCUCAAAGUGGCCCAAAACACCAUCGGAGACGUCGAUAGGGUUCAGGACGUUAUGGACGAUAUCAGAGAACAACAGGAGUUGGCACAAGAGAUCAGUGAUCUUAUAUCAAAUCCCGUCGGCUUUGGACAAGACGUUGGCGACGACGACGAACUGCUCCAAGAGUUGGAGGAAUUGGAACAACAAGAACUCGAUCAGCAACUGCUUAGCACAGAUAGGCUGCCAUCUGUUCCCACAGCACAACCACUUCCCUCGCAUUCACGAACUAAAACUAAAGCCAAAUUCAAAGAAUCAGAGGAAAUGGACAAUACUUUGAAAGAAUUGGCCGAUUGGGGCAUUUAA